AACCGGUGCAUUACGCAAUCGCCGUCAGAAUACAGUUGCGUUGCGCGGGCUGCAGUACUGUUUGCGCGCCAAGCUCAUCUCCGGGAAGUUGUCUGCAGGAUUUUUGCUUGCGAGCGCUACUAACAUUAGAUGGAAACACUUCCAAACUACCCCUAGCACCCCCGUAAGUGCGCCUCGUUUAGCAAAAAGUUUUGCAGACAACUUCCACCAACGUUGCUACACGCGCAAGCAAUGGAGGAGCGCAUGGUGCGGCAGGCAGUGGCAUUGGACUGUGAGCAGGAACGAUCCGUUUCACCCGAGUGCCAAGCAGAAAACAACGGGCAGAAUUGAAAUAAGUUUGAGUGCGAGCAUUGCGUGCCCAAAAAAUACUUCCAAACAGCGCGAAAUGUGAGCGUUCACAUCCAAACGGUGCACUUUAACAAGGCAAACAAAAAGCGAAAGUGCCAAGAGUGCAAUGGGAUGUGCAAUAGCGGGAGCGACAUUCCGGUACACUAUCUAUUGGAGCAUAAGGAGCUGCCGGGACCGUACCAGUGUCUCGUUUGUCCAGCAAGCUUUUACGCGGCAGCAGAGUUGACGCACCAUUUCCGUGCGCACACGGAUCGAGAACGCGACAGCGUGUCCGUUGCGCAGGCAUCGCUCUGUUACCGGAUCGAAAACUGCCAGGUGAAUCAGUGCAAGAUCUGCCGGCAGAAUUUCACCACCAAGGGUGCUAUCAGGAAGCAUUGGAAGAUGCAUACGGACCGAAGGUACGUGUCCGCGCAGUGCAGACAAUCGUUUCGCGAGGAGCGACUGUAUCGCAGACACGUGGCCGAGAAGCAUCCGGCAACCAACUGCGAGCACCGCAACGAUGAUGAUCUCGCAGGAAGGAAGUGCUGGAGGAUUAAAUGGCACGGUGUACCGGCAGUUAAUGAUUUGUUCUGAGUUGGAAUUUUUGGUCCAUUCUCAUAAUUUAUUCACCAAAAAGCUUUAAAGCACUAGUUUAAAAUUGGCAAUUUAUCUUUUUUUUUAUUUACUACGUUAAUUUUGCUUUUAUUGUUAUGUUGUAUUUAAACUGCGGACUGCCAGCACUGGCAUCAUAAAACAACUCUAGUCGCGCAGUUAGGUGUUUGAUUACUCAAAGAGGAUUAAGUAGAACAGG